AUGCAGUUUUCUAUAACAUGUACCCGUCAGGCGGGAGAACCACAGCACCUGUGCGUCAUCCACCGAGAACAGGCUAUGGCACCAGAUUAUUUCAUAACGCUAAAGUAGAAGGUGAUGUGACAAUAUACCUUAUAGAGUAUUUGCUUUGCAUUAUGCAGACAUAUAUUUACAUCCAGAUAAAAGUACAGUAUAUUACAAACAAUUUAUAAAACUCUCACACAUCCUUGUAAAUCAUACAACUAACAUGGAUGGCUUGUGAUUCCUCUUCCCCCAGUCUCCCAGACCUUGUUCCUGACCUCUACUAUAUCCAAGCUGCUUAUUAUAUCCAACUUGUACAGAUGUAUGCCCUGAGAUGUGCUAGAGAGGAAAACUGUCUGUCAUGGUAGGAGUUCGUGUUUUAUGAUUGAUUAUGCAUAUCCGUGUAAGAUCAAUUGCGCUAAAACAUUUAUCUUGACAUCAUCUAUGGGUUAUAUCACAAAUGACGUCUACAGUUAUUUGAUUGAUUAGGUAGAAAUCAGACAGGUUGUAUGGACCAGACUUCUUUGGCACUGGCCCGUUUGGGAGUGACAGUAUAGUGACAGAGCGUCAUACAACCUGCCAGCCAACCUAGAUUUUCUCUCUCUGCUCUGCCAAGUAAAAUAAACUCCAAAUGAAAGGCUGAGGAUUCCUGAGGUGAAUUUCAAACUGUCCAAAGUACACCUCAAGCCUCCUCCUCAGUGUAUUCUAAAGUAUAAUAGGUGAACCAAUAUUAACUUGUUAUUAUGUUGCUAUUAAGUUGUCAUUAAUGAUCAUUCAAAUGACGUUCCAUGCACUUAUCAGUCAUAAUUGGGGUCAGGAGUAUUUUCUGACCAAGAAAGUUAUGGUCAGGUCACAUUGUCAGGAGAAACUCCUGGUCUUAGUCACUAUGUAAAGUACAUUAUUUUGAUUGCUCUCCCCCAAGGUCAGCAUAUUGACCAGGUGUCAGAGACUACAGGACUCUGCUGAGGUUUCCCCAAAGGGUGAAGAACCAGGGGACAGCUGACUUCCUCCCAGUCAAACCCAGACACCAGUGGGAAUGGCACAGCUGCCACCAGCACUACCACAGCAUGGUGGCCUUCAGUAACUAUGACCUGCUGGAUGUCAUCACGGGCAGGAAGGUGGCAGAGGGACACAAGGCCAGCUUCUGUCUGGAGGACACCAGCUGUGACCCAAGAGUACGCAGACGCUUCGCUUGCACAGCACACACACAGGUUCUGAUAGUUUAAUCGAUUAGUCAACCAAUCAAUCCGUUUUUUAUGUGUUUUUAAUCACUUUUACAUGUGUUUGGUACAGGGAUUGGGUCCUGGUUGCUAUGACACCUACAAUGCCAACAUUGACUGCCAGUGGAUUGACAUCACGGACGUGCCAAUGGGAAACUAUAUAAUUUUUUUAAUUUCUCCAAAGCAUAUUGCAAAACUAGCAACGUGUCAUUGA